CAAAUUCUUUUUUUUUUUUCAGAGAGUCGUUACUCUUUAGUUGAAUUUAGUGGCUCAUAGAUUGACUAGGAACACAUUCAUUUCCUUUCUGUGUCUCUUUCGUGGAACAACCAGCAAAGAAAGACCCUUGAAUUCCUUGUAAAUCAAGAUCCGUAGCCAAACCCCACCAAGGGAUAAGGGGAAGACGGUACAUCGUGGUGUUUUAGAGGAUCUGCUGAAUUAUAGUGGAAAGUGUUUUGUUCAGGUUGUUGCUGACUUAGCCGGUAUAUGUAAGUAAAACUACAUAUAUUUGAGACCAUGGCCAAGGGGAAGUAUUCCAAACUUGAUGGGAGGAAGUCAUCAAGCUACUGCUCAGCUGUCACUAUAGUUGGGCUUGUUGCUUUUUUUCUAGUUGGGGGUUGGAUGUUGAUAUCUUCAUCAGUUAAUCCAUUUCGGAAUUCAUAUUUAUCCUCUCAGGAAGCUAAAGAUGGUGUAAAACAAAAUCUACAGGAAAGCUUUUCGAAGCACUUUGAAGACAACUCAGAUGGUCUAACUCAGGAUGGGAAAAAAGAUAACGGCAACGAUGAGCAGAGCAAGUAUUCUGAAAAUAAUACAGAUGAGGACAACAAUGAAGAGAAAUUAGAGACAAAGGGCACUGAUGAGAACAGAGAGUCUGAGAAUUCACACAAUGAAAAUCAGGAAGACAGUCAUUUGAAAGAGAGUACUGACGAGAGAUCUGAGUCCAAGGAGGAGCAGAAGGCAGAAGGGGAAAACGAUGGAAAUAGGGAAGAUGGUGAUUCAAACUCAGAAGGUGGAGAAAUGAAUAAAAGUAGGCAGACAGAUUCAGGUGAGAGCUCAGGUGAAAACAGAUCUGAGUCUGCUGAGGAUGAGAAGAACUUUAAGGACCAAAAUGAUGGUGAAAGUAACACAGGAAGCCAGGAUAAUGAUCAGGCUUCAAAUAAGGUUUCCCCUAAUGAUGGCCAGUCUGAGAAUUUGAGUGAGUCUACCACUCAAAAUGGAGCUUGGUCAAGUCAAGCAGCAGAAUCUGAGAAGGAGAAUUCACAACAAUCUUCGGUAUCCAAGGGCCAAAAGGAAUAUAAUUGGAAAGUCUGUAAGACCACAGCUGGGCCAGACUACAUCCCUUGCCUUGACAAUUGGCAAGCUGUUCGGAAACUUCGAAGUACAGCUCACUAUGAACAUAGAGAGAGGCACUGCCCUGAUGAAGCUCCGACCUGUCUUGUUCCCCUACCUGAAGGAUAUAGGCAAUCCAUAAAGUGGCCUAAAAGCAGGGAUAAGAUAUGGUACAAUAAUGUUCCCCACACCAGGCUUGCAGUAGUUAAGGGGCAUCAAAAUUGGGUGAAAGUUUCUGGUGAAUACCUGACUUUUCCUGGUGGUGGAACUCAGUUCAAGAAUGGUGCUCUUCAUUACAUUGAUUUCAUUCAAAGUUCCGUUCGUGAAAUUGCAUGGGGAAAAAGAAGCCAUGUGAUACUGGAUGUCGGGUGUGGGGUGGCUAGUUUUGGAGGUUAUCUUUUUGAAAGAGAUGUUCUUACAAUGUCAUUUGCUCCUAAAGAUGAACAUGAAGCUCAAGUACAGUUUGCACUUGAACGGGGAAUCCCAGCAAUAUUAUCUGUUAUGGGCACCAAGAGGCUACCUCUCCCCAGUUCAAUCUUUGAUCUUAUUCAUUGUGCACGCUGCAGAGUUCCUUGGCAUAUUGAAGGUGGCAAACUUCUCUUAGAGCUCAAUCGUGUCUUGCGACCUGGUGGUUACUUUGUUUGGUCUGCUACUCCAGUUUACCAGAAGCUUCCAGAAGAUGUUGGCAUUUGGAAAGAGAUGUCCAGGCUUACUAAGAAAAUGUGCUGGGAUUUGGUGACUAUUAAAAAGGACAGAUUGAAUGGUGUUGGUGCUGCGAUAUACCGAAAGCCAAUUUCCAAUGAGUGUUAUGAUAAACGGAAUCGGAAUGAUCCUCCACUUUGUGAAGAAUCUGAUGAUCCUAAUGCUGCCUGGAAUGUACCUCUGCAGGCAUGUAUGCAUAGAGUGCCAGUAGAUUCAUCAGAACGUGGAUCUCGUUGGCCCAAGCAAUGGCCAAAACGGUUGGAGAAAGCUCCUUACUGGUUAAAUUCUCAGGUUGGUGUUUAUGGUAAAGCAGCUCCGGAAGAUUUUGUUGCAGACUACAAGCACUGGAAAGAUGUUGUUGCCAAGUCAUAUUUGAGUGGGGUUGGAAUCAACUGAUCUUAUGAUCUUCUCCAUGCCGACCAUCUAUUCUCUAGCAUCAAAAAGAGGUGCAAUUUAGUUACAUUAUUUGCAGAAGUUGAUAGAAUUCUAAGGCCAGAGGGAAAGUUGAUUGUACGGGACAACGCUGAAACCAUAAAGGAGGUGGAGGGAAUGGCUAAAUCUCUAAGGUGGGAGGUCCGGACAACUUAUUUAGAAGACAAUGAAGGAUUCAUUUGCUUUCACAAGACAUAUUGGCGUCCAAAUGUGACUGAAACAAUAAAAGCAGCCACUGUUUGAAUCAGAAUAGCAGUACUAAGAGAAGUUCUAGCCGUACUGGUGACAAAAACUUGAUAGGUAUUCUUUUAUAUCUCAAGCAUUAAAAUUUUUAGAUUAGUUUUAAAGUGUAACAUUUUAUUGGUUGAUUAUUAUUUGGAUCCCCAUUACGAAGAUUAUUAUCUUUGUAUACUUUGAUUGUAAAAUCAAAUUAUCAUUAUGGAAUGAAAAUUGAAGGCAUUC